GUCGGCCUCUGCCAUCGCAGAUUCGAUUGCCCGACCGAGCUCCCAAUUUCUGCGGACGGCAGGAUACCCUGGAAUCUCUGCGAGCAUACUUCCAGGAUCAAGCAGGAACGACAACACAGAUGACGAUGAUUCCCAGACAGAGAGCAGCCAUUCUGACGGGUAUGCCGGGCAUUGGCAAGACGGCUGUUGCCCGUGAGUACGUUCACCAUCAUGGCCGGCAUUUCAGUUCAAUUAUGUGGGUACAGGCUAGCCAUCGACAGAGUAUCGCGCAGUCCUUCCAUGAGAUUGCUUACGCUCUGGAACUGUUAGAAAGCCACAAGAAACAUAGUCACUUGCAAAGCCAUGCGAGACUCACGUCAUGGUUGCAAGAGAACAAGUCGGAAUGGCUGUUGAUCUUCGAUGACGCUGAUAAUUUGGGAGCCCUGCAGGCGUAUAUACCACGCUGUGAUCAUGGAAAUAUUCUCGUCACUAGUCGGUCCCCCGACCUCGAUCUUCUUCCAAGGAGCUCUCUAGUUGAAUUCUUUGUGAACCCACUCAGCGAGGAGGAAGGGAGCGAAUUGGUCCAUACCAUCACAGGCCUCCCUCGGGAACAAGUCCAGGAUCUCGGUCUCGUGCGUUUGCUCGGGGGCAACCCGCUUGCAGUGAGCAUGGUUGGCAAAGCACUACAGAACAAGUCUCAAUUUCACUCCAGCCGACGUAAUGACCUCGAGGGUGGCGUUACGCAUAGUCUGAGUGAACAUCUCGGGCUGAUGCGCCUACGCAAGCAAUAUCGGCUCCACUCCACGUCAACCACGCUUCUGACGGCCUGUCUGAAUAUUGAUCAACUCUCCCCCGAAGCAAAAGGCUUGUGCAGUGUGAUCUCCUACCUAGAUCCCUAUGACACCCCCGAGUCGACCCUGCUUCAGGCGCAACGAUGCAGCCCAAUUAUUCGAGGCUUUCCGAUCACAGAUGAGAGCUUCCACCGGGCCCGAAUCGAGUCGCUGAAAAGUGGACUUUGCUCGUCCGCGAGCUCCCGUUCAUCGAUACAAAUGCAUCGAGUGGUACAAUCUACCUUGCGACAGUAUCUGACCAGUACUCAGGAGCAGGUGCAUGCAUUCACCACGGCGGUGCAACUGCUACUUGCACAGUGGCCCUCGAAGCGGAAGUUCAAAAACGUUGUGUUUGGCUACUGGCCCGAGUUCUCGCGCAUCCACACCCAAUGCCACCGCCUGUCGGAGGUCGCCUCUGCAACCCUAACAAGCCCGGAGCACUAUACGCCCUUUGUCAAGCUCAUCCUCUUAUGUGCUUGGUAUAACUCUCAUGUCUUAAAAAAUGCCGAAGAAGAUCUGAACUUGGUCGCGUUGGCCCACAAUUUACUGGCGACCCUGCACACCGAGAAGGGGCUUCCUUCCGCGACAACAAAGGAGAAUGAUAUCCAGCGACCACAACGACUAGUGCUUAUCGACGAUAACACCGCUGGCUGGAAAGUGAUUGAUACCCUGGGCAAGCCCGCCUCCUACGUUGCCCUGAGCUACAGCUGGACCGACCAGAAUCACGAUCACCAAUCCAUGCCAGUGACGCUCACCAGAUCCACAUUUGAAGUCUGCAGCAAUGGGGGGCGCGUGGCUGACCUCCCACUUCUCUACCGCGAUGCGUGCGGGAUUGCCACGUCGCUCGGUAUUCGCUACCUUUGGAUCGAUGGCCUUUGCGUCAUUCAAGAUGACCCCGUCGACCGCGAGGUCGAGCUGUCAAAGAUCGCCGAGAUCUACCGCAAUGCCUCGGCCACGAUCACGCGCCAAUACACCCCAGCGGGACCGCCUAUGAAGCUCCCCGGUGUUUCUGGCUGUGAUCAGAUGCUGAUCGAGCCUUACUCUGUUCUAUGUCAUCGCUGUGCUUCGUCUUCGGGAAAAGGAACGAAGGUUCCUGGCGUUGACGUGGUCAAUCCAAAGGUGCCAGACUUCUUGAAAGGGUAUACCUCGGGGCUGAUGGGGCUGGAAACUGAGACCGGCCCUUUCAAGGUUGAGAUUAUCUGGCUGCCAGAUGUGGUGGCAAAAGAGCAGCAAUCACCGGGCAAAGAAAAGACUGAGAAUGGUAAUAAUAUGGAUGUUGGUGGGUUAGAUGACUCACAGGCUUUAGGAUCAUUGAGCCCCGGCUGUGAGUGGGCGGGGUCCAAGGCGCCACAUAGAGGAACGGAAUUAGCAGAGGAGCAGCAAACCUCGGCCGUUGGAGGAUCAGAGCCACUGUCCAUUAGCUUGAUCAAGCCUACCACACUUCUCACAGAGAAAAUGCUUGAAGCAGAGCCCGUCGAGCCGAAAUAUAAUCGAGAUGACCCUAGGCCGCAGGAGGGCGAUGACAUCCGGGCACCUAUAUCGGACUCCGUCGAGGUGCAGCAGCUCAUCACCACCGCAACCGAAGUGGCUGAGAAUGGACUCCGUGUGUACGCGGCACAGACGAUAGAAAGUUCCUUCCGCGCGCUCGCCGCGAUUGUUCGAGCGCGUGACCAAGUCGGUGCUUUUUGUGAGAGCACAUCCAAGGCCCUUACCAGCUACAUUGUGUUCAGCACAUAUCUCGCCCGGAUUCUGAUCCAGCAGGGCUGUGUCCAGGAGGCUGUCGAUCUGCUUUGCGACUUAGCGGCAAAGUCCGAUGAUAUUGAAACGAGGACAGAGUCUAAAGUGGAUGUUUGCAGGUGAGCUUGCCCGACUGUCCGGAUCGAGCCGUAGCAGAGGAUGCAAUUAACGCGGGCUCCAUUCCUCAAGCAUGAGUAGAUUUCACUUGGCCAGAGGCGACGCGGAACUUGCCUUGUCGCGGCAUCGAGAGGCGAAGUAUUCCUAUGGCUUAGCACUAGCAGCGCUUGGGGGUGAGAAAAUAGUUGGCCUUGGGA